ACCCCCAGCGGGCUCCACCACUCCUCCACACCUCGCUCCACCCUCCUGUGGGUUCACACAGAGCGCAGCAGCGCCGCCAUCUGGACCGGAGGGUACUGACCGUUUGCAGCUUUCUUGUUACUUCUUCUGAGUUUGUAUCUCUAUGUGGAAAUGCACUUAUUGUAAGUCACUUUGGAUAAAAGCGUCGGCUAAAUAUGAUAUAAUGUAAUGUAAUGGAAGCAGGCUUGUCCGGAGAAGAAAAGGUGAAGCAUCCUGAAACCAGUCAUGUGUGGGGUUGCUUCUCAGACAAAAGGAGUGGGCUCACUCACAAUUUUGCCUAAGAACACCGCCAUGAAUAAAGAACGUCCUCCGAAAGCAACUUCUCCCAACCAUCCAAGAACAGUUUGAUGACAAACAUUGCCUUUUCAUACAUGAUGGAGCACCUUGCCAUAAGGCAAAAGUGAUAACUAAGUGGCUCGGGGAACAAAAACAUCAACAUUUUGGGUCCAUGGCCAGAAAACUCCCCAGACCUUAAUCCCAUUGAGAACUUGUGGCCAUCCUCAACAGGCAGGUGGACAAACAAAAACUCCAAGCAUUGAUUAUGCAGGAAUGGGCUGCCAUCAGUCAGGAUGUGGCCCAGAAGUUAAUUGACAGCAUCCCAGGGCGAAUUGCAGAGGUCUUGAAAAAGACACUGCAAAUACUGACUUUUUGCAUAAACUCUAUGUCAUUGUCAAUUAAAUCUUUUGACACGUAUUACAUGCUUGUAAUUACACCUCCAUAGUAACAUCUUACAAAAAGAUCUAAGAACACUGAAGCAACACACUUUGUGAAAACCAAUACAUGUGUCAUUCUUUAAACUUAGGUUUAAGUAUAUAAAUAUAAUACAGCACUGUCAUUGCAGUCCACCCUCCGUUUCAGAAGGUGGCGGUAAUGCGCACCAGAAAGGUGCUUGGCAACCGCCAAAAAAAAAGGAGGAAGAAGAAAGUGUCGAUUACGACGUAACAUCCGUUUGCACAUCCUUGGCUUCUAAGCCAAAACGAGCAAAAUGCUGCCGCACGCGGAAUACUUCUUCUCAUCCAACCCGGUCAGUGGAGUCCGGUUCUCGGUGUUGGUCCUACAAGCAGCUCUCUCUGACGUGUUCCUCGCUCCAAACGGCACGACACGCGCUGACGUAACAUCCGGUUGACUCUGACAGCUUUAGUCAAACUCCUCCGCUUCGGUCCUCGGUCAACAUGGCUGCAAAGAGCAGGUACGCGCUUCGGAGGGUGUUCAGCGGACUCCGAGCUCACAGUGUUUAUUACCAGGACCCAGCCGCGUCCCCGCGUCAAGGACGCCUUCUGUGGACCCCCCAAAUGAGACACCUGAGCGGCUGCCACCCGCUCCUCACGUCAAGGUCCCCGGCCACAGGUCCCAGCAGUCUGUCUUUCAGGAGUCACACCUGUGGAGAACUGAGAUCGGACCACGUGGGAGAGGAGGUCUCUCUGUGUGGCUGGGUCCAGUACCUCAGGCAGGACCUGUUUGUCAUCCUGAGAGAUUUCAGCGGAUCAGCCCAGGUUUUGAUCCCUCAGGAGGAAUCUGCGGGCCGUUUGAAAGCAGCGCUGUGCGAUCUCCCAGCCGAGUCCGUCGUCAAGGUUACGGGAACGGUCAGAAGACGACCCACGGGCCAGGAGAACAAGGAGAUGCCAACAGGAGACGUAGAGAUCCUGGCUGAUAGUGUGGAGGUUUUCAAUAAGAGCCAGAAGCUGCCUUUUGAGAUCAAAGACUUUGUCAAAAAAUCGGAGUCGUUGCGGAUGCAGUAUCGCUACCUGGACCUGAGGUCCUCUCGGAUGCAGAAGAACCUCAGGCUGAGGUCUCAGCUGGUGAUGAAGAUGAGAGAGUACCUCUGUAAUGUGCACGGUUUUGUCGACGUGGAAACUCCUACCCUGUUUAAAAGGACACCGGGGGGAGCCAAAGAGUUUGUGGUUCCGUCCAGAGAAGCGGGCCGCUUUUACUCGCUGCCCCAGAGCCCCCAGCAAUUCAAGCAGCUUCUGAUGGUGGGGGGGGUGGACAGGUACUUCCAGAUGGCUCGGUGCUACCGGGAUGAAGGCUCCAAACCGGACCGGCAGCCAGAGUUCACCCAGGUAGACAUAGAAAUGUCUUUUGUGGACCAGGCUGGCAUCCUGUCCCUGGUGGAGGGUCUCGUGCAGUACUCCUGGCCCGCAGAGAAAGGUGCCGUUACGGCUCCUUUCCCGACUAUGACGUAUGAAGAGGCCAUGAGGGACUACGGCGUGGACAAGCCCGACACCAGGUUCAGCAUGAAGCUGAUUGACCUCUGUCAGGUUUUCCUGUCCACGGAAAUUGACGUCCUCAGAUCAGCUCUCAGCCAACCGGGAGGCUCCGUCCAGGCCGUCUGUGUCCCCGGCGGAGCGAAGCUGUUUGCUGGGAAGGAUUUGGAAGAACUGAAACAAACUGCCAAGACUCAGUUUGGCCAGGAGCUCAGCGUGGUGCUGGUCAAGGCGGACGGGACGUUGAGGUCCCCCCUGAAGAAGCUGUUGUCUGUCUCUGCCACAGACGAGCUGCUGCAGAGGACCGGAGCCAAAGCAGGAGACCUGCUGCUGAUGGCAGCCGGGUCCCUCCACGCUGUGCGCCCGUUGCUGGGUAACCUGCGUCUGCGCUGUGCGGAGCUCCUGGAGUCACGCGGCGCGUCGGUCCGCGACCCCUCGGCUUUCCACUUCCUGUGGGUUUUGGACUUCCCCCUCUUCUUGCCCAAAGCAGAGGCGCCGGAUCAGCUGGAGUCGGCCCAUCAUCCCUUUACUGCCCCGGUGCCCGAGGACGCAGAGCUACUCUACACACAGCCUCAGAAGGUGCGUGGUCAGCACUACGACCUGGUGUUGAACGGCUGUGAGAUAGGAGGAGGCUCCAUCCGUAUCCACAAGGCCUCAGAGCAGCUUCACGUUCUCAAGAGCGUCCUCAAUGAGGACCCCGGCCUCCUCUCUCACCUGCUGGAGGCUCUGGACUCCGGAGCCCCGCCACAUGGGGGCAUUGCUCUGGGUUUGGACCGACUGGUCUCCAUCCUGGUCGGCGCUCCCAGCAUCCGCGACGUCAUCGCCUUCCCCAAGUCGUUCCGGGGUCACGACCUCAUGAGCUGUGCCCCGGACUUUGUGUCUGAGGAGGAGCUCAAGUCUUACCACAUCGCUGUCAAAUGGCCGGUGGACAAGGAGCAGGAGGAGAGGGGAAUUGAAGAUGCAAAGAAGUGACAUCAGGGGAAGGGGUGAUGCCUGCUUAGGGCUUUGCAUCGGACACGAAGGAGACGAGAGAAGGAGACGAGAGAAGGAGAUGACCAGCUGUUACGCCUCUGCCAUCCGGCCAGGAGACGGGAGGAGAAGGAUGAUGUGACUGCAUGUCACAGCAUCAGUGACAUGUCAGUACCGUCACUAUCAAAUGGAAGAGUAAAAAGGAUGAGCAGACCAUGUGGGACAUUACGUAGUUGCUGGUCUCUUGAGGGCAGACUGACCUGUUGGUUUAUGAAUACUGCACCGUGUUGUGUUGCUCAGACCAUCGCUAACUAUAACCAGUCUUUAUCAACAAAGUUUUCUAUGAACUUC